GUUACUGUUACUGUUAUUGUUACUGUUACGUGUUUCUUUCUUCCCACAACGCGCUUCCUUCCUUCCUUCCUUCCUUCCUUUGUGUUCUGUUUCCCACAACAACGAAACAAAGCAACUCUUCUUCUUCAUUCCAUUUUCCAUCUUCCAACUUCCUCUCUCUCUCUCACUUGAAUUUAACUUCUCAGAGUCUCUUAUUCAAUCCAAGCUCUGGUGUCAGCGUCAGUCAGAAUCGAGAAUGGUGUGGGUAUCUGCACUGAUUUUUGUUGGCUUCAUUGUUGGGGUUGCGGCGGUUCUUGCGGCCCAAGCUCUCGCACUCUUCUUCAUCCUCAAACGACUGCGUUUUAAGGCCGAUAGAGACCAAUCCCGAAUCGCUGCUUCCCAACCACCACCCGCUGAGCUCGAUCCUCUCCAGUCUCUCGAUUUCGUCUCCAAGAAGCAGGGUGUUCUAUGGGUUCUAGAGUCAGAAGAAGUUUGGAGAUCAUGGCUGGAUAAACCAUCAAAAGAACAAAAAAGAAAAAGGGAGCUCUUAGAGGUUUCCCCUAUCAAAAUGUAUGGGCAGAUCAAGGGUCAAUCGCUUCUUCUAAGAGAGUCUGAUGGUUUGCAGAGAACAAUUGAACUCAAGGGCUGCACAGUUCAGGCUGUGUCAGCUUCAAGCUUUUCUUCAAGAAAAUGGGCAAAAAGGUUCCCCAUCAAAUUAGAAAGUAAGGGCUCUGCAAUAUAUGAUGGAAGCAAAACCCUCUACAUAUAUCUCGAAACUUCAUGGGAGAAAGAAGCCUGGUGUAAAGCUCUCCAUCUGGUUUCAUGUGAUCAAAAGGAUAAAAUCAAAUGGUUCUCCCAGUUGCAUGAAGAAUUUCAUAAUUAUUUAACAUCCUUAAAUUCUGUAUUUCAUUUUUUUAUGAUGAAGAAGUUUUCAAAAAGAACUUCCCGGGUUGGUUUGGAACAUAAAUCAAGUUCAGCUUUAUUGUUAGGCCAUGACGAAAAAAAGUACAGUGAGAAGCUUCGUGCUGGUCAAGAUGCAGUUUUGGCCACUGGAUUGAUGAAAAAUGCUCCAACAGGAAAGCAUAAGAGUUCCUUGGUAGUAGAUGAUGCUGAUGCUGAGGAGAAGUUUGGCAUUGAUGAGGGAACAUUAUGUUGGAAUCUGUUGAUUUCUCGACUAUUUUUUGAUGUCAAAGGAAACACAGAGUUGAAGAAAUCGAUUCAAUCACGGAUUCAGAGAUCAUUGUCCAAUAUGAGGACUCCCAGCUAUAUUGGUGAAGUCAUCUGUACUGACAUCAAUACUGGGAAUAUUCCACCUUGUAUAGCUAGAAUGAGGGUUCUUCCUAUGGAACUGAGUGAGGUAUGGGCCUUUGAAGUUGACAUUGAAUAUUCUGGAGGUGUGGUGGUAGAGAUCGAAACAAGGCUUGAAGUUGGUGAACUUGAAACAGAGGACUCAAAUCCAGAGGUAAGUGAUGGAGGAGCUGUCCCAUCAGAUCUUCUUGAAGGUUUUGAAGAUUUAGGAAAACAAUUGAAUCUUGAGGAAAGAAAGAAUGAUUUACAAGAGGAAAAAGAAGACGAUGAUGAUUGGAACACUGCAGAUGUGUCUAAGAGCUUUAAGAAGAUUUUGUCUUCCUCAACUGGAUCAAGAUGGAAAUCUAUAUUAAAGUCUCUUGCCAAACAGGUUUCACAGGUUCCGCUCUCUUUGGCAAUAAAGGUAGAAUCCCUCAGAGGGACAUUGCGUUUGCAUGUAAAGCCACCUCCGUCUGAUCAACUCUGGUACGGUUUCACAUCAAUGCCAGAUAUUGAUUUUAGCUUGGAGUCAUCUGUUGGAGAACGUAAGAUAGCUAGUGGGCACAUUGCUUCGUACCUCAUCAAUAGAAUAAAGGCAGGAAUUUGGGAAACUUUAGUACUCCCCAAUUGUGAAUCCAUUUGUAUCCCAUGGAUGUUAGCAGAAAAGAAUGAUUGGGUUCCUCGCACUGUUGCUCCAUUCAUAUGGAUUAACCAAGAAUUUGCGGUUGACAGUUCAAAUGAUAGCAAUAAUCAACCUUCUGGUGGAGUGAAAGCUAAUGCAUGUACUUCGAGUACUGGUUCGGACCACAAACAACAAAGGCCUAAAAUUCCUAAACCUAGUAAAGAGCCGACCAGCAAAUCAUCAUACUCUGCUCUUCCACAAAGUUCAUCAAGCCAACCAUCCCUGGAAAGCAGCAGAAAGUUGGAAGAAUUGACAACGCCUUUAUUAGAGAAUGACAAACCACAAGAAACUAGAGACUCGGAGCCAUUUGGAACACCUUCACAAAAUGACGAAGACGAAACUAGUGAACAUAGGAUGGAGGAUAACUCUCAGAUCAUAUCAGUGGAUAGAAGUUUGGUAGCUGAGAAACGCAAUCAUUCUAUUGAGCAAGAUGAGGGAACGCCAAGGAAAAUGGGGAGAAGGGAAAGGAUGUUUGAUUUGCGGAAGAAGAUGGGUGAGAAGUUCGAAGAGAAAAGGCGUCAUCUUGAAGAGAAAAGCAGGCACAUUGUUGAGAAGAUGCGAGGACCAUGAGAACCAGAGCGUAAAUGGGAAAUGCAGAUAUGUUGUUCAUUCAUGAUCAGUUGUUGAUUAUGAAUGUGACAGACAAGUACCUUCUAUACGGCAGAACAAACUGGAGGUAUCAGAUAUUGUUUCAUUUUUUAGUUGUACAUUUUAAGUUGCUUAGAAGAUCAAACUGGGGCUUAUAGGUAUGUUAAUGAUCCUAGCUAAGAAAAUAUUGUCAGGUCAUGAGGAGGUCAAAGAUACAUUGUCUCUUGUAAAUUUGUCACAGCCACAGCUAAACAACACAUUGAGAACUUGUCUAGUUGCUGAGUUUUGCAUUCAUAUCCUCAAAUUUGAGGAAUAGUUCAGUUAUAGCAUUUUAUAUUCUUGAACUUC